UACGUUUGCCCACAUCCUGGCUGCGGAAAGGUUUUUGCAAGGCAAUUUCACGUUCGAAGGCACAUUCUUACCCAUGAUAAUAACAAACCCUUUCAAUGUCCUCAUCAAGGCUGCCAUGCACGUUUUACACGUAGUGAUAAUUGCGCACAACAUCAAAGGACA